AUGAAAAAAGUUGUAUCUGCUGAAGCACUUGAAAAGAUAUUUGAAUUCGGCUUGACAGCUCGUCAUGUCAGUGGCACUGCUAUGAAUGCAGAAAGCUCUCGAUCUCACCUUAUUUUUGCUGUAGUUGUUCGAAUAGAAGAUUUAUUAGCUGAAAAAAUCUCUCUCGGAAAGCUAUCGCUGAUUGAUCUCGCAGGCUCUGAACGUGUUUCUAAGAGCGGUGUUACCAAGGAAAGAUUAGUAGAAGCGAAAGAAAUCAAUAAAAGUUUAACAGCUUUAGGAGAUGUUAUUUCAGCUCUUUCAAGCGGGGAGAGUUUUAUUCCUUAUCGAAACCAUAAACUAACGCAAGUUAUGAGCGACUCCUUAGGCGGCACUGCGAAGACUCUGAUGUUUGUAAAUAUUAGCCCGGCGGAUUAUAAUGUAGAUGAGACUGUGACAUCUUUGAUGUAUGCUUCGCGAGUGAAGUUAAUUACAAAUGAAUCUAGCAAACAAGUAGAGUCUAAACAAAUAGCGAGGAUGAAAGAAAGAAUAAAGAAAUUAACAGCAGCAAUAGAAUCUGCAAAGCGGGGAGAGCCGAUAGAUUAUUCGCUCUUAAAUGAAGCUGAAGAAGAAGGACAGCAGCAGCAGCAGCAGCAGCAGCAGCAGCAGCUGCAGCAGGAGCAGGAGGGGUCUCGACAAAAUGAAGACGAGGCGAACUAUGAGGAGCCUGAAGAUAUAUCCUUCUAA